AUGGCGUCGACACUGCCCUAUCGACCGUCGAACGACUCCCUGUCCACCUCCAACCCCAAGACUAAUGGACUUCCUCGUCUCUCUCCUGCAGCCUCCUUUAUUGGAAGGUCUCCGAGUGGCUCGCACGCCUCAUUCCGACGUACAUCUACCGAGAAUGCGGUAGGCUACAGGCCACGGCGGUGUAAGGCACAGUACCCGUUGGAUUCGCCUGAGCGCCAUGUGGAAUACAUUCUAGUAGCGUCCUUCCAUAUCGACCGGGGUCCGAUCAUGGAGCAUCAGUAUCCGGCGGCGAUCAGCGGCGACGAGAGCAUGCUUGCGGAACUGAUGCUCCCGGAUCAGACCCAUGUGCGAAGUCAGGAUUGGACCAUUUUCUUCUUGCACAAAGACACGAGCGGCGAUGAAGAGGACGAGUCAGAGGGCGGGAAGAAGAAGAAAAAGCGAAAGUCAAGAUAUCGCGCCAAUGAGGAGACUGCGGGUAUGUCUGAGGAGGAUCCAGAUGAACCCUCUGAGGGUGACAGCAGUGACGACGACGAGGGCGGGGAAGGGCCGCCCUUGAUGUAUGUGCUGAACUUGGUGAACACGAAGCAGGAUAAUACUGUCCGACGUGGUGCUGUUGUCAAGGCCAUGGCAAUCUGUACAAGGCAUUCAUUCCUUCAUAUCUACAAACCACUAUUGCUGUUAGCCCUGGAAGACUAUUUCAAAUCACCUUACCCCGAAACGCUUGCAUCUCUUUAUGACGCGGUGAAUAACAUGGACCUCUCAUUGAUGCCGAAAAUGUCCAUCUUGGAGCGGCACAUUUUGCAAUCCAGUAACACCAAGGACAUGUUCAUCGAGAAGUUCGAGCAAAUGGUUCGCCAACGAGAGGAAGAAGAGGCGGAAGAUGGGGAGUGUCCUCCAUCGCCCAAGAAGUCGGGCCGAUAUGUUCUCCCUCGGGACACGCACGAAUUUGAGUCCAAAGUGGUCUAUAACGAUAUUCCCAUCCCUGUCAAAAUUCCUACAGUCAUUUGGCCCGAGACUGUUGGUGACUUCUCUCUCGUCAAACUCAUUCAGACUUUCGCUGGGCCUCACGCUACAUCACCGCAGCCCUUCCCAAGUCACCCUCACUUGACGACAAGCGGCCCCUUCACACACCCCAUCAUUGUACUUAUCAACGCCAUCCUCACGCAGAAGCGAGUGAUUUUCCUAGGACAUAACCGGCCAUCAGGCGAGGUGGCCGAAGCUGUUCUCGCAGCUUGUGCACUUGCAUCUGGUGGAAUUCUACGCGGCUUUACUCGACACGCCUUCCCCUAUACUGAUCUGACCAAGAUCGAUGAUCUCCUCAAAGUUCCCGGUUUCAUUGCCGGUGUAACAAACCCGACUUUUGCCAAUCAUCCCGAAUGGUGGGAUGUUCUGUGCGAUCUACCGACAGGUCGUAUGAAGAUCUCAAGCCAUGUCGAGUCUGCCCCGGUAACGGAAGGGCUUCUUUUCUUCCAGCAGCAAAAUGCGUUGUUGCCGCCUCCUUCCAGCACCCAUCCUGAUCCCACGGGGGACCAUUUGUUUAUGGAUGAUAUCCUUCGUAGCAUCAGCCAGCGCCACGGUGAGAACGCUAUCCGCGCGAAAUGGCGCGCGUAUAUUGUCAAGUUCACUCGAGUCUCCGCAGCAUUCGAGGAGGCUGUAUAUGGCGCUUCCAACCUUUAUAUAAUUGGACCGGGUGAAGAGUUGUCACCCGACAGUCCGACAGGUCAUCAAACAGACCCUACAGAUCCAACAUCCCUUAGGGGUCAUGGAUACGUUUGGCCCGAUGAGGCUUCUAAACAGCGCGAGCUAACCGCCUCUGUCUCACGAAUCGAAGGGUGGCGGAAUACCCGUUCAUACUACUCGUAUAUUCAAGACAUUGCAGCGAUGUAUUAUCCGGCGCGGCCAAUCCAGCGACCUGAUAUACACCAUCACCAUGACCGGCUUCGGUCCCUCAAGCUCUCCCAUGCCGAAGCAGGUGCCAUCUACCUCGCGCUAUCUCACGCCGUCAAAGACUACGCCGGUAUCUGUCAACUGCUGACGGUUGCUCCCGAGAAUCAGGCCGGGCUCUUCUACAUCAGUAUGGGUCUUUUCCAUCCAGACCAGGUCGUGCGGGAAGCAACUGUCGAUCUACUUGACCGUAUUAUGGUACACCCAGUCGGGCGACAUUUCUGGACUCACCUUAGCCGCUUCGCCAAGCUGGGCUACUUCCGGGUGAAACGAGAGCGUGAUGCGGCCCAGAGUCCUAUCUCAGGUGCUGGUUCCCCGACAGCCACGAAUCCUGGCACCAGCUUCGGCGGCGAGCCGCAGAGCCUGGUGGGAGUUGCGCUUGGAGACAGCUUCAAGAGGAGAAGUUAA